AUGUCUCGCCAGAAGGACGCUCCACGAAACCUCGAGUUCAAUGAUCUGCCUCCAGAGUUACGAGAUCUCGUCUGGGAGUUCAGUCUCCCCACUCGUCGAGUCUUUCAUGUGAAGGGAAUCUCAAGACGUCCUCAGGAAGAAGCAGCAUCGAGACCGGCCAAGUUCUUUCGCUUCCACAUCCGUCAUGCUCUCCCAGCAGCAUUGUCUACUUGCAAAGAGUCCCGCGCCGUUGCGUUGCGCAAAGGCUUCUUCCUCUCGCCCUAUGGGAACGACCCUGGUGUCUGGUUCAAUAUGGAACAUGAUAUGCUCUACUUUGACCGGAACCAGCGCAAUAUGCUUCAGCUUAAGCCGAACCUGGGGAGCAUGACGAUUGUUGGUUUGGACCAGGUUCUCAAUGUUGGUGUUGAAUGGCGCGCUUUCUUUCGAGAUACUCCCCGACAAGGCGCGACAACGUCUCGUUACUGGAGGGCUGCGAUUGAGACAUUGUAUGUUCACAUGCCGAGCAUGCGAACCGUCAACUAUAUCCUCCCAAUGCUGCGCCAUAAAGGCGGCAUGAUGUGGGGACGAGAGCCAUACCAGGCACAGAACUAUGAAGCCAUCCUCAUCACGCUCCCGGAGAGUACGCAGAUCCCGUGGGAGACCACAAGAAAUCGGGGUACCGAUCGAGCGCAGCUUCUCAACGACAUUCGACACGACAACGGACUUAGCUCAAUGAUGGUGACGUGGAAAGAGGUCAAGGAGGACAUUGAAAAGGGCUUUGGGGAAGAGGCAGAACCUGGUGAUGGAUGGCAGGACCGUGAACACGACACUGAUCAUUAUCCUCCAGAGGUGAUUGGAUGUUCACGAGAAUCCUCAGAUUCAGACGUUUGA